AUGGAAGCAACCAGACUUUCCUCCGCCGCCGCCCUGCUUCCGUGGCGGCCUGUUAUGUCGUUGCCAUCACCUAAUUGCCGGAGAAAACACGUUGGGCUGACUGUGAAUGCAGGUAGAGAAAGAAAUGGACGAGAUUCUGGGGGUAGGCUAGUGGACGAGAACAUGAUCGUGCUGCGAAUGCGCAUUAGGGAGAUGAAGAUUUCAGAGACGAGCCAGGCCGAGCCACCAUCGAACUGGAUGGAGUGGGAGAAGCAAUAUUAUACGCAUUAUGAUGAGGAUGUUUGCGAAGUAAUAGGGCAGUUGCAGUCUUAUUUGAUGAGUAUUAGGCCAAGUUGGGCGCUGGGGAUGGCUGCAGUCGUUACGUUGAGUGUUCCUGUAUCUGCUGGGAUGUUAUUUCUUCAUCUUAUAGACAUGGCCAAGGCAAUCUUAGCUGGGGCUCAUGUCUGA